ACCCUCCUCCCCAUCCUUUCCACUCUUGGUCCCCAUUUUCUCUCUCACUGGCACAGCCCUCCCACUUGUCCUCCUCUCUCUCUCCUCCUUCUCAGAGGACCAGCUCUGUGUCUCUAUCUCUGUGCACUUGUCUCUUCAGUCAAGAAGAAACUAAGUGAAGGAAAGAAUAGAAGAAAGAGGUUGUUGGAAAACUAAACAAACCAAAACUUUGAUUCUGCAACAUGCCACAGAAAGAUUACAGAAGUCAAACAAGCUGGGAGAGUGGUGUGGCCUCCAUGAUGCAAAACAGCCACAGUGGAGUAAACCAGCUGGGAGGUGUGUUUGUGAAUGGGAGACCUUUACCUGACUCUACCAGGCAGAAGAUAGUGGAGCUGGCACACAGCGGUGCUCGACCAUGUGACAUAUCCAGAAUACUGCAGGUGUCUAAUGGCUGUGUGAGUAAGAUCUUAGGCCGGUAUUAUGAGACAGGUUCAAUCCGUCCACGGGCCAUAGGUGGGAGUAAACCCAGAGUGGCCACUCCGGAGGUGGUGGGGAAAAUUGCUCAGUACAAGAGAGAGUGUCCAUCCAUUUUUGCCUGGGAGAUCAGAGACCGACUGCUUGCAGAGGGAGUCUGCACCAACGACAAUAUACCCAGUGUUUCAUCAAUAAAUCGAGUGCUUAGGAAUUUGGCUAGUGACAAGCAACAAAUAGGCACAGUGGGAGCUGAAGGGAUGUUUGACAAACUCAAGAUGCUCAAUGCACAAAGCAGCUGGGGAGGACGCUCAGGAUGGUAUCCUGGGACAGCACUCUCUGCCACUGAGUGUCCGCAGGCAGAGGGAGGGGAGAACACAGUAUCAGUUAGUACCAAUGGUGAGGACUCAGAAGAGACUCAGAUGAGACUACAGCUGAAGAGGAAGCUCCAGAGAAAUAGAACAUCUUUUACACAGGACCAAAUAGAAGCACUAGAAAAAGAAUUUGAAAGGACACACUAUCCAGAUGUGUUUGCCCGAGAACGCCUCGCCAACAAAAUAGACCUUCCAGAGGCAAGAAUACAGGUUUGGUUUUCCAACAGACGAGCAAAAUGGAGAAGAGAGGAAAAGCUGAGAAAUCAACGUCGUCAGGUGUCCAACUCUUCAAACCAUAUUCCAAUCAGUAGCAGCUUUAAUACCAGUGUUUACCAGCCUCUACCACAGCCUACUACACCAGUGUCCUUUUCAUCAGGAUCCAUGCUGGGAAGGUCAGAUCCAGUUCUGUCCAACAGUUAUAGCCUCCCAGCAAUGCCCAGCUUCAGUAUGGCUGCCAGCCUGCCUAUGCAAACAUCCAACCAGACCUCUUAUUCCUGCAUGCUGCCCACCAGCCCCACUGUAAAUGGAAGAAGUUAUGAGACAUAUACUCCUCCACACAUGCAGCCACACAUCAACCAAUCAAUGACAUCGUCUGCAACGUCGUCAGCAGGUUUGAUUUCCCCUGGUGUCUCAGUUCCAGUUCAAGUUCCAGGAAAUGAAACAGACAUGUCACAGUACUGGCCACGCCUGUAGUGAUGAAAGGCAAUUAUUCAUGCCUGCUGUGAUCAUCAACAGUGAAUUCAACCACAGGACGGUUGGGGUCUCAUCAAAAUGGAAACUAUUCCUUCUUGCUCCAGUUUGAAUGUAAAAAAAGGACUUCAGCAAAUACGUAUGAAAUAUAAAUUACUCUUAUUAAUGCUUGUGAAGAAACAGGAUGCAAGGAUUUUAAAUGGUUUUCAGAACUAGAAGGAUUUUAAUGUUGCUGCAAAACAGUACAAGUUCGACUGUAAGUGGAUCAAAGGUUUUUGGGACAUCAUGUUUAUCAGCUACCGUUCAGAGUCUGGAUGGUGUGGAUGCUUUGUCCAGAAUGCAAGCUGUUACCUGAGUGGUACUGAGGAAGCUCAGGAAAGUGGAUCCUUACCCUGGUGAUUAUAACCUCCAGACAGAAAAACUCCUGAGAGUCCACUGGGAGAGUUUGUGGGAAGACACAUUACCUCUACUUUAAGUUGGUCAUUUUUAUCAUACUGGCGUGUUUGUACAAACCCAAGGAUGUUAACUGAAAUGUAAAGGGAAGAAUUUAAUGAAACUUGAAGCUGUCUGCUGUGAUUGUUUUCAUAAGCAGAUUCCAAAAGCCUUGGCCUGGAAUGUGUAUAGAAUUUCAGAAUGGGAAUUCUGGUGAUAUGUGUUUUGUAUUGUAGAAGUCCCAACACAGGCAUGGACUCUGAUCUUAAACUGAAAAAUUAUGUCUUUGUUGGGGAAAGAUUGUUCCAGUUCUAAAGGUCUAAUGUCCAAAAACUCAUUAAUUUACAAAGCCUGAAGGUAAAAACACUUAAAAAAAAAAAAGAAAAGAAAAAAGAAAAGAGUGAACAUUGGAUUCAGUCUGGGAUAUAAACCUGUUUCUAAUUUCAAAGUGUAAAGUAU